AUGCUUUCAAAGGCGCUUUCUCACUGGGUGAUGAUGUGGCUUUCUUUUCAUGCUGUUGCAGCGCAGUUGUUCAGUGAAAAAAUCAGUGGAGCAGAAGGAACAAAGUUAGAUGAAGAAUUUCAAGAAAUGGAAAGGAAAAUUGAUGUUACUAAUAAAGCUGUAACAGAGCUUCUGUCCAAAUCCACAGAGUAUCUUCAGCCAAAUCCAGCAUACAGAGCCAAGCUGGGAAUGCUGAAUACUAUGUCAAAGAUCAGAGGACAAGUUAAAACCACAGGCUAUCCCCAGACAGAGGGACUCCUAGGAGACUGCAUGAUACGGUAUGGCAGAGAGCUUGGCGAUGAUUCUAUGUUUGGCCUUGCGCUACUGGAUGCUGGUGAGAGCAUGAAGCAAAUGGCAGAGGUGAAGGACUCGCUUGAUAUUAACGUCAAACAAAAUUUUAUUGAUCCUCUACAGUUGUUGCAGGACAAAGAUCUAAAAGAGAUUGGG